UACAAUCAAAAUGUUCUGAAGCUUGAGAAAACUUCUGCUCUACUUUUGAAGGUUUCUUCCAGAAUUUAGAUAGGAAAAGCUAUGUUGCUUCGGAUUUUUUGGGUCAAUUCCUGUUAUUUUUUGAUGCAAAGGAGGACAAAGAUAUUGAUAUACUAUGUCAAGUCUGUGACCUGCUUCUACAAUAUGCCAAACGUGAUGGAGAUGUUGCAAGUCUCUUUGCUGGUGCAGAUUACUCAGUGGAACAUGUUGUAGUUCACAACGUAAAAAAGCUUGCACUCAUCUGUGUGCGUGCUGUUCAUCAGAAAAGGUUUGAAUGGGGUAGCCAACUGUUGAUGCCAUUGGGAAGUACAACUAUCCCUUCUGUUCUUUUAUUAGUAUUUGUGGCCUGCUUGAUAAACCCUAAAUUUUCAUGGAAAUGUGAAGUAAUCGGGUAUCUUCAACAGGAAAAGACCUAUUUCUUAUUUCGAGAGCUAAUUAUUGCUGUACCGCAAAAUGCAAGAUAUUUGGAGCAUCAUGAUAGUACAUCUGCUCUGGAACAUGUUCUCAUACUUCUAGCUUCUCAUGUUGGCCAUCAUCCGUGUUAUUGUCCAAUUGUGGAUCCAAGAUGGAGUUUUUCCUCUCAGCUUUUAUCUAUUCCUUUCGUCUGGCAUCAUUUGCCACAUUUUAAGAAGGUUUUCUCUGCUAAUGGAUUCAGCACAUAUCAUUUUCAUCAGAUAGCUUCCUUUUUGUCCUCUCAUGCUGAUAUUAUUCCAAAUGAUAUAUCAGCCAAUCAUCCAAGAUAUGUGUGUGUUCUUGCAAAUGUACUUGAAUGUGCAACCUGUAAUUUGUCUGAACCGAAGUUUGCUUCUAAUAUGGUAGCUGACAUCAUUGGUAUUUCUAUGUCAUUGCUGGAGCAGUUGGCAAAAAUCAAGCCACCUAGUGAAAUGUUAGGUGACAAUGAUGCCAUGACCAUGAGUGGUGGUGUUAAGAAUGGUGUUGAUGUUGAUUUGCGAAGACAUAUACUUGGAUUAUUUGAUCCAAAUUCAAGGUUGCUUGAAUAUCUGGUGAAUGCUAUGGUUAAAUGUACAUUGAGCACCGACGAUGCUAACCUAGUUGGGCCAUCAGAUGUUGAGAUGGAAGUUAUAGGUUCUAUUUGUGCUUUUCUUCAUGUCAUGGGGAAUACGUUUCAUCUAGAUGGAAUUAUGACUACGCUGGCCUACCAUACUGAAAUUGUUCCUGCAUUAUGGAAUUUCAUUAAGCACUGUCAUGAAAACCAGAGAUGGCAAUCUUUUUCCAAGUGUGUGUCUCUGUGGCUUGCAGAUGCUCCUGGUUGGCUUCUGCCAGUGUCCAUAUUUUGUCCUAUAUACAAGCACAUGUUAGAGACCCUUGAUAAGAUUGAAUUCUGUGAACAAAAGCAGCCUUUUUCACUCGAAAGUUUAAAAUCGCUGAUUCUUAUUUUAAAGGAGGUUUUAUGGGAACUCUUUUGGAUUAUUCCUUCAUAUAUCUCUUCUACUCCGACUGUAUUAUCCAAUGUUUUAUCCCUAAACAAAAUGUCGUUCGAGAAUCUCAAGAGCAGAGCUAGGAUUGAGUUGGCUGAAUUACUUAUACAGUUGCAAGACUGGAACAACCGUUGCCCAUUCGCUUCUGCUAGUGAUUUCUGUCGAGAAGAAAUAAGUGAACAUUUUGUCAAUCAGGCGAUACUUUCCAACACUCGAGAAUCAGAGAUUAUAAAGAUUGCUCCUUUUUUGGUGCCUUUUGACAUUAGAGUCAAAAUAUUUACUUCGCACUUGGAAAAUUCUAGACAAUCAUCCCGCCAGCCCCGUCGGUUGGAAGUACGAAAAUCUCGACUUCUAGAUGAUGCUUUUGCUCAGCUAAGUGUGCUCUCCAAAGAAGGUCUUAAAUCACAAUUUGAAGUGAAAUUUUACGAUGAGUGUGAUCUAGAAGAAAAAAGGAUUGACGACACAGGAUUCCGAGUUUUCAUGGAAAACGUCACCCGUGAUGCUUUUGAUGUGCAGUAUGGCCUAUUCAAGGAAACGGUUGAUCAUCUGCUGUAUCCCAACCCAAGAUCGAGGUUGGUUCAUGAACAACAUCUGCUGUAUUUCCGUUUCCUUGGAAUUCUUCUUGGGAAGGCAAUGUAUGAGGGCAUAAAAGUUGCCUUGCCAUUUGCAACAUUCUUCUUAAGCAAGCUGAAACAAAAGUCGACCACCUUGAAUGAUCUGUUUUCACUGGAUCCAGUUUCAUACGAACAUCUUUUGCAGUUAAAGCGUUAUGAGGGCAAACUCUUGGAUUUGGAAUUGCGUUUCGUUACCACAAAUAAUGAAAAUGCUGACCAAUCUGAAGAAUUGCUUCCUGGUGGGAGAGGAAUGCGUGUUACUGAUCAUAAUGUUACUACUUAUAUUCAUCUAAUUGCCAACCAUCGUUUAAACUAUCAGAUCCGUAGUCAAAGUACACAUUUUUUGAGAGGUUUUCAACAACUCAUACCAAAAGAAUGGAUUGAUAUGUUCAAUGAACAUGAAGUUCAGUUUCUCAUAUCCGGCUCUCCGAAAAGUUUGGACAUUGAUGACUUGCGGUCAAACACCAAUUAUGCUGGAGGAUAUCAUGAGGGUCAUCAGGUUAUUGAUAUGUUCUGGGAGGUUUUAGCAAGCUUCUCUUCAUAUGAUCAGAACAAGUUUCUGAGGUUUGCCAUUGGAUGUUCUCGCGGCCCAUUUCGUGGAUUCCGACACGUUGUUCCGAAAUUUAGCAUUCUGAGAGAUUGUUACCUUGGAAUGGACGAGCAUAUAGACCGUUCGCCUACUUCGGUGACUUGCCUGAAUCAGCUGAAGCUCCCUCCUUAUGCAACCAAGGAAAUGUUGCGGGACAAAUUGUUGCAGGCGGUGAGGUCUGCAGCUGGCUUGUAGAGACGCAUAGGUUUUGAUCUGGAUUGACCGCUUGUGAACAUGUGCAGUCGAGAAAUGCAGAGGUUCUCGGGGUGCUACCUAGCUCAUAUCUCACCGACCAAACUAGGGAUUUGUGCCCUGUUGGAUAUUUCUUCAAGUACUUCCUCCGGUUGGGUGUGUAGGGCGUGCGCAUAUUCGUACGUCCUUAUUUGACUACCAAUUUAUGUGUUCUAUGCAACAAAAAUCGUGUGUUUAGAAAUUUUAUUGGAAUAUGAAUCCAGUGGCAUGCUUUUGAUGGUAUAUAACACAUGUUUCGUUUGUCA